AUGGCUGCCUCGUCGACGUCGUCGCUGGUGCAGCUGGCGCUGCUCGUCGUUCUUGUCAUGGCCUCGGCCUCGUGGUCGUCCAGGACCGUCGACGCGGCGGGCGGCGGCGACGGGGGCAACAGGCGGGCGGCCACGCACAUCCGGCUCUACAUCCACGAGACGUUCUCCGGCUCCAACGCGACCGUGGCGCCGCCGGUGGUGCCGUCCCCGCUCGGCGCGAACGCCACGUUCGGGGAGGUCGGGGUGCUCGACGACGCGUUGCGCGCCGGCGAGGACCCGGCGUCCGAUCUGGUCGGCCGCUUCCAGGGGCUCUUCGUCGGCACCGACCUGGGGUCCCCGAGCUACAUGUCGGCCGUCACCCUCGUGUUCACCGCCGGCGAGUACAGCGGGAGCACCAUCACCGUGCAGGGCCAGUUCAGCUUCGACGCCGCCGACGGCAGCGCAGUCGAGCGCAGCGUGGUGGGCGGCACCGGCAGGUUCAGGAUGGCGCGGGGGUACUCCCUCAUGGAGGUGGUGAGCACCCCAACGCCGGAGUCGGUCGUCUUCAGGAUCGACGUCUUCGUGCUCUUGUCCCGCCAUGGCCAAUACUAG